AUGCACAACUCGAAAGAAGAGCUUGAUCAGUACUAUAAUAGCACACCAAAACAUUCGAGAUUGCCAUCCAGGUUAGUUCAAGUUUCCAAUUUUUAGUGGAAAAAAAAUCAGAAGUUUCAGAAGUAUUCAAUUCCCACAUCAAACAAUUUACACAAUUGAACGCAGUGAUUCUCGAAUUCCGGAAAAUGUAUCUUCAAGUUCAGUUAUACAUCGUUCUGUGAAAGUCGCAUUUUUAUUGUUAGUUUUGACUGUUUUAUUGGUGGCUUUCAUAUUUGCUUCGUUAUCCGUUUCUAAACUAUCACAUUGAAGCUUAUUUUUUGAAUAAAUAUUUCAUUUUUUCAAACCCGCAAACUCAGCAAAUCGUCGCGUACAUGAACGGUUUUAUCGGCGAAAAAUAGCUACACCGCAGCUACACACCAGCUACACAAAUCAGAGAAGCAACGCGGUUAGCGUCGCGGCUACUUUUCUCAUUUUUGUUUUUGUUUUUCCAGGCCUAAAUUCUUGUGAAAAUCGGGCCAGCAGUGAACAUAUACAUAAUUUUUAACAUUUUUCUUCAGGUUUCAUGAAAAUUAUGUUGAAAUUUCUUUUGAACAUCUAUGAAUUCCCCAAUUUCUCAAGUCUGGAAAUUUUUCUUUCAUUCAGAAUUGUUUUAACUAUCUUUAAUUUCAGGUUUCCGGGAGCGUGAUCGUUGCAAAAUGGCUGCUAAAUGGUGAGGGAAUUUUCUUUUAAAAAACGACAUAUUUACUACAAAAACAGUUUUCAGAAAACUUCAACAAGUUCGACAACGACUACGCUCCACAAAAAUCAGGUCAACAUCAAUCAGUCAUCAUCCACGCUAAUCAAAAGGUGAGUCAAUAACCGAAAAAGAAACGGGAUAACAAAAUAUGUCUUGAGAAAUUUGAUCAAUUUUAGCUAUUUUUGAAGGUAAAUAUAAAGUUCUUUCUACUCUGAAAAGCAUGAAAAUUCAUCUCAAUUUUACAGAAUAUGCUCUCCGAUGCUCAGUCUCGCCAGCACUCGAUGGAAAUCUGGACACAGAAGACAUCAAAAGCAGCUUCAUGGCGAGGAAAACAAGACAAUCCGCAACAUCUACGAAAUUUUCAACUCCUAAUUUGUAAUUUUGUUUGA